UAAUUAUUGUCUGAUUCUUCUCCCUAUUUUCAGUUUUAGAUUCAUGGCCUUUGGAAAGCUGAUCCAGCUAUUCUUUUCUCUCUGCUUCCUGCAAAGUGUAUUAGCAACCACUAGAGGGAAGGAGAUUGCUGGUGCUCUCAACUACUACACCAUAGAGAUUGACGAGGGAGAAGCCACAGCCAGGAACGUGGCUAAAAGGAAUGGCUUAGACUACGUCCUACCGGUUGGAAAUCUGAAAGGGUUCCACAUCUUGAAGUUACCAAGCAAACGCAUCAGGAAGAGAACCACCAAACGCAGCACAAAACGGCUGCUGAAACGUCUUUCCCGGGAUCCCCAGGUCAAAUGGGUAGAACAGCAAGAUAUUCAUGAAAUAGAAAAGCGAGACCCAGCUUUUUUACCUGAUAUCUCAUCGCUUCUUGAAGGCGACAGUUUCAAUUCAAUCUAUGAACCACUGGAGCGGGAGAAGAAAAAUACCAUCCAUCCAGUAAUCUUUAAAAUAUUGAGCAGUGAAAGUGAAGAAGGAAAGGCACUGCAGUUCAACGACCCUUUGUGGUCAGCACAGUGGGAGUUGUUUAACACUGGCCAGACCAAUGGACCAAAGGGAUUUGACAUUAAUGUGAUGCCAGCUUGGAAGAAAAAUAUAACUGGCUCUGGAGUAGUUGUGGCAAUCAUAGACGAUGGUGUGGACCAUAUAAACACAGACCUGAAGAAAAAUUAUGAUCCUAAUGCCAGCUUUGAUUUCAACGACUUUCUUGAUGAUCAGCAUGAUCCAGUUCCUAAUUACGCGGAUCCCUCUAAUGGUCAUGGAACAAAAUGUGCUGGUGAAGUAGCAAUGGAAGCUAACAACAACUUCUGUGGAGUUGGCAUUGCAUAUAAUGCAAGAAUUGGAGGCAUUCGCAUCCUGGAUGGCAAAGUGACUGAUGCCCUGGAAGCUGCAGCCCUCACCUACAAGAACAAUUAUAUCGAUAUCUACAGCUGCUGUUGGGGUCCCAAAGAUAAUGGGAGGAAACUUGACGGCCCCGGAAAAUUGACAAGCAAAGCAAUUAGGGAGGGGGCAGAGAAGGGUCGAAAUGGUAAAGGAAAUAUUUUCAUUUGGGCCUCUGGAAAUGGUGGCAUGCUCGAAGAUCACUGUGGCGCUGAUGGAUAUGUGAAUAGUAUCUUCACAGUGGCAGUAGGAGCUGUUAGCAACCUGGGCCUCAGUACGUUUUACUCUGAGGCUUGUUCAGCAGUUAUGGCAGUCGUACCGACAGGAGGAGCAAGCAAUUCACCUUUUGAAAAAAAUGGCAUGGAUGAACUCGACUUGGUGACAACUGAACUCGAUAAUGAAUGCACCAAAACCUUCAAAGGUACUUCCAGUGCAGCUCCAAUGGCAGCUGGUAUAAUUGCAUUGGUCCUUGAGGUCAAUCCUAAUCUCACAUGGCGAGAUGUGCAGCACCUUAUUGUCCGGACCUGCAAGAUCACUGACCCUUUGAGCAAAGACUGGAAGAUAAAUGGAGCAGGCUACCAUGUUCAUCACAAGUAUGGAUUUGGUUUGCUUGAUGCUGGGCGAAUACUGAAGGAAGCUCUUAAGUUGAAACCAAUGGGAUCUCAACGGCUGUGUAUAAGUAAUUAUGAUUUUCUAUCAGAAAAAGCUAUUCCUACAAAUGGUUCUCUGACGCUGAGCCUGAGAACAAAUGCGUGCCUGGGAACAGAGAGCUCGAUUGACACACUCGAGCAUGUGCAGGUGACUGCUUCGAUGUCAUCCUUGUGCCGAGGUGACCUCAGCAUUUCUCUCACCUCACCAUUAGGUUCUGUAUCUGAACUCCUUAAAGUCCGUAUGCUUGACAACUCCAAGAUGGGGCUAAACAACUGGACAUUCAUGACUGUCCAUUCUUGGGGAGAGAACCCCAGAGGCGAGUGGCAUCUUACAAUUACCGAUAAUUUCAAUUCCACUCUGGAUUGCGACAGAGAUGAGAAAGAAUUAAGACAUGGAUUAAUCUACAAAUUUGAACUAAUCUUCUGGGGAACCUACCUGGAUGAAAAACAAGGAAUUCAGGAUAAUGCUAGAAAUCUGCUGGAUGAAAGUAAUGAAGACCUCAUACAUCUCCGAAAACUCACAAAAGAAAACAAAAUUGAUAAACGACUCACCGAAGAAUUCUUUUAUGAACAGAAGAGAAAGGUGGAUGAAGAUGCAAUUCUGUACUCAUGGUCAAACCCAUUGUUUACCCAUGAGGUAAGAAAUGCAUCUGCUCCAAGUUCUAACAUGGGAGAAACUUUGCUGAAAUUCUGGUACCUUCUUCGCAAUAAAGAUGAAGCCAAAAGUUAUUCAAAAAGAGAUUUGUUGGCUGGUAAAUCCAGUGUACAGGUGAGUUUCUACACUUUCGAUUGCUUACCAUUUCUUGCCCCUUAAUAAUGGAGUUUUGUUAUAAAGCAGA